AUGAAGCUCACUGCAUCGAUUGUUGCUCUUUUGGCUGCUCCAUCCCUUGCCCUUCAAGGUGGAUACUUGUCCCAGAUGGGAGGAGGUGGCUCCGUCAAGACCUCCUCGCUCAAGCCUGCCAGUGCUGCUGGUCCUGCAUUUGGAGCAAGCUACUUGGAUAAUAUGGGUGGAAAUGCUGCUCCUACCACCCCUGCCGCCCCACCAGCUGCCCCUGCUGCUCCCGCAAGUGCUGCUGCCAUUUCCAUGUCGGAAUUGGUGGGUCUGCCCCCGAUAACGUCGACGUCGCAGAUCGCGGACUCUGCCACAGCUGUUGCUGCUGGAGACUACUUGUCCUCUUUGAAGGUUGCGGCUGCUCCAUCUGGAAGUGGCCCUGUUGGAUACCUUGAUAUUCUCACAGUUUCAGCCGAUACUGUCAUGGGAGGACUUGGCCCCGCAACUUACCUCGACAAUAUUGCAGGAGCUGCCAGUGUGACAGCAAAGGUUGAAGCUGCUACAGAAGUCACCAUGGUGUCCAAUGAGCCAGUUUUGGCUGCCAUAAACAACAUGAAAGAAAACAUGAGCAAGAACCAAAAAGCUACAAUUGAUAUCUUGAAGGACAUUAAUUCUGAUAUGCAACGAAUUCUGACUGCAGCUCAAAAACCUUCAAACGCCGCACCUGUUGCCUCUGAGACCACAGAACUCACUUCCGCCCUUGAAGCCAGUGUGGCCCCAUCCGCUGGAAACUAUUUGUCCUCUUUGCAUGGUGCUUCAGCAGGUGCUCCCACUGGAUCUGGACCUGGUGGAUACCUAGACUUGUUGUAA